AUAUUUAAAUUGCCACGACUGAUCCUGCACGCCGAUCAGUACUAUUUGAUACGAAGACGUGAAGUGGAUCUAUCGUGUCAAAUUGAGCCAGGAUGGCGUGAUACGACAAUGGCUUAUGUGGAGUGGAUGAAGGACGGAGUGCUGAUCGAUGAGAUCGAUAAUGCUAACAUUCGUGAGGAGUUACUUGCUGACGGUCCAACAUUACGCAUUCUCAACGGUCGUCAUCAUGCCGAAGGCGACUAUCAGUGUUCAGCGGUCGUUCGUGGUGUACGCAUCUCAAAUGGUCAGCAUAUUGAUACACGUCUCGUUUCGGCACCUGUCAAAUUCCGUCGAGCUCGUAUCACCAAAUUCGAUAAACUUGAUGCUGAGACUGUGACUGUGUAUCAAGGACAAAUUGCCCGAUUACCAUGCUCUGGUAUGCCCGAUGUUAUACCCGGUCCACCUGAGAUCUGGUUCGAGCGUGAGGGUGUUGACAAACCACUGGGCUUACACGGUGAUCAACGCUAUCUGGCCACAGUAAGCGGUAUGCAAAUGCCUCUGGCAAAAGUAUCUGAUAGUGGAAAUUACUAUUGUGUUGUGCGGAAUACUUUCACAAAUCAAACUCGUAAAUCACCACAUCCUGUAUAUCUUGAGGUAUUGCCGAAGAGUCAAACGAUGCUUGAACCCGUUCUGGUCUAUCCUCAAACACUCACCUCACCCUCAUCACCCAUCAUCUUCGAUGUUGUCAAAGGACAAACCGUUCUACUUGAAUGUAUCAUAUCGUCCGCUAAAAUAGUUUGGACUAAGUUGCACUCACUCAAUUCGGGUAUUUCACUAACAAACGAUCAAGCUCGAUUCCGUCAAAUCUGGGGUAAUCUUCGCAUACGACAAGUGAACGAGGCUGAUAAUGGCGUUUACGUAUGCGAAUCCUCACCGGUCUUUUCUCGUGGCGAUGUCGACGGCUAUCCAAAGGUCUUCUAUAAAUUACAGGUUCAUUCACCAACUGACGUGCAGUUGAUGCUUGGUCAGUUCGAUGCAGACAAGAGUUGGCAAUUGAGUUGCCUUGCGUUGAAUUUACAUUACGAAAUCCCAAUGGUCUACAUGAAUGGUUUAGCGUUAAUUGAUGCUAUGGAUCAGUUGGGUGUACCCCCACAUACCAAUUUCUAUACGAAUCCAAUUAACGCAACACUCACGUCAAGUGUAGCACUGUCCGGAAGCGUUCAGUGCAUGUCAAGACCAGCAAUGGACGAAGCCGAAGUGUACGGUAAUGGUCUUGAACGUGGUCGUGCGAUGAACCUCUACGUUGAUAACCGUCUUCAUAAACAAAUCAAUUUGAUCUCACAAGGACCCGAGAACUCAACUCGUUCUAUCGGUGAUACCGUGCAGUUGGUGUGUCUUGUCGUACCGAGAACCACGCGAACACUCUGGUUGAAAGAUGACAAACGUGUUCCGUUGUUUGGCAAGAAACGAGUGAGCUUGGUGGGAACAGCCUCACUUCAAAUCACUGACAUACAAGCCGAAGAUGAGGGUUGGUAUACGUGUGAGGCUGCUGAUAAUACCAAUCAUAAGACACGCUCGAGCGCUUAUCUUAAAGUUGUUGCAGAGGACGGUGUAGGAGGCAACGGCAACGGCAACGGCAACAAUAACAGCGGUGAUAAAAAUGAUAGCAGCAACAACGUCAACGAUAAAACCAAGAAGGCAUACGUCGAUCUACCACCUGAUCUUGACCACAUCUCACCGAUUUUCGAUGCAGAUGGUCAGGAACUACCACCGCAACCAGGUGCCCCUCUAUCGACAACCACGCCAAUCACCUCUUCAACACCACCAUCACCACCAGUUGCAGCUCCAUCGAACCCACCCAAUCGAUUGCAACUCUCAGCUCCACGAGCAUUCGUCAUCGGUCGAAGUGUUCGUGUGCAAUGGCAUCUACCAGACAUCCAUCCGGACGCACGUCGUGUUACAUCCUUUAGCAUCCAACUACGAACGCAAACUACCUCUGAGCUCGAAGCAUCUGAUGCUGCUGCUGCUGCUGCAGGUGUCUCUUCAAGCGAAUGGAUAACUGCUGAUCAGCAAGAUUCACACGUCAGGGCUAUGACCAUACGUGCACUUAUUCCUGGCAAAAGGUAUUUCUUUCUCUACUUCCUUGUGUCAGCUCAACGCUUCACCACCGUGUCAAAUGCAAAUUUCAGCUAUCAAUUCCGUGUACUCGCCAUCCUCACGGAUCGUUCCCGAGUGCUAAGUGAACCAAGUGAAUGGCUACGAGUCGAACUCGACAGCAAUAACAACAACAAUGACGCCGUAACGUUACCAUCCGAAGCACAAGUGAAGCGAAUGCUUCCAGAAAGCGAUCACUCGCUACGUUUGAUAUGGUCACACUCAUCGAUGGCCAGCACCGACUCACCGGAUCAAUUCAUCAUCUCGUACGGCAAGACCGAAGCUGAUCAACAAACCUCAUUCACACACAUCCAAGUGAACGCUACCGCAAAUGAGAUUCUAAUCGAGAAUUUAGAACCGUCCACUGAAUAUAAAGCUAUCGUAACGGCCGUUAAUAGAGCCGGUAAAAGUCAACCCAGUCAACCGGCUUAUGCUCGUACUAAAGGUUUGCUCUUCAUUUCACUGCACACUGCUUCAAGUAAUGAUGCUCAUUCAACUGGUCUAUUCGCUUUAGUAAGUCGAUCACUGCGCAAUUUAUCGUCGCAAUGGAACUUGGAAACAGUCGCCGUUGGACUGACCGCCGCAUUAUUAGCCAUCAUCGCCCUGUUGGCAUUCUGUCUCAUUUGCUAUACGAUUCGUCAAAGACAUACCAAAAAAAUCAGUAAAGCAGCGAAAGGUAAAUUCGUAGACACGUCACAUCGCAUUUUCAACGAACAACGUGUUCAGAAGACACGCUUCUAUCACGAUCCAACAAUGUCUAUAUCGAUGGCGUUAGAUGAUUUUGAUGAGUAUUCACCUCUUAAAGCAUCGCCACGCGCACAUACAUUUUGUUUACAGCAUCGAUUGGACGUUGACGAUUCUCACCUGUCGGAUUUGACGGCUGAAGUUGGAGCUGGUGCAGCAGAAUCGUUUCCGUUUGGACGUGACACAAGCACAUUGAUGAUGCCGAAUUUGUACGGUGACGGUGAAGACUACUGUGAACAAGAGGCUUGUGAUCAACAUCCGCCAACGCAUACAGCGUUUUCGCCGAAUACCUAUUCCAAUAUCAAUAGCACACGAACAAAUGCCUUUAAUAACACCACUACUGCCUUUCUAACACCACCACUCAAAUCCACCACUAAUAAUCAAACAAUUGCCACAACCGCAGCACCACAAGACAUGAUCAUGAUCAAGUCUAUGACGCUAAUGUCGUCGUCCAAUUCCUCAACGCUUCGUCGUCAUUCUGGAUUGCAUAAUUCACAUGCUGAUCCAGCAAGCAUUCCGUUUAAUUCUGCAACAAGCCACAAUUCCACCACUAAUAAUGCGAGCAGUACCACAUCCACAAGUCUCAGUAAUCAUUCGGAUUUCAAUCAACUAACACCAGAUCACACACCAACCACCGUCUCACCAACGCCACAUUUCGGCAACACUAUCGACGAAUACAAUCACACCCUAACAUCCAACUGCUCCUCAAACGGUAUCAUCGCUCAAACUUAUACGAACGCUGCUGAUUCCUACAGUGCUCAUGCACUGAACAAUGCCAGCAACUCGUUCAUUCUAUCCAAUGUCACAAACGCCGCAUCACCGCUUCUAUCCAGAAGCGAUAUCAACACCCCGAUUACCACUCGUCCGCCCAGUCAAUCGCUCAUCACCGAAAGUAAACUGAUGAAUAUGUUUUGCACAUGUUUCAGUAUGGACGACGAGUGUUUACGAUUGGAUGGCUCGUCUCGUAGUAGUCAAGUGUCAUCGUCAACCAAUAACACGAAUACGAUCACAACAGGCGAUACGGCCCGAUUCUUGCAAACCUUCAAAUGCACUACUCCGAACACCGCUGCAUUAUUCAUCGGUGGAGUGACAAACAAUAACAACGUUGGCGUACAAAUGCCAGCUAGUACAAAUCAGGCAGCAGCUAUAGGUGCUGCUGCUACUGCUGGUAGCAUCUAUACAAGUUCGGCGGGACCAUCUUCAAGUUUCGGCUGCGGUUUGACGAAUUUUAGUGGUGGUGGUGGUGGUGGUACUGCAACAACGAGUAGGACGAGUAGUUUUGAACGUGCUUAUGGCCAAAACAACAACAACAACAACCACUGUAAUAAUCUUUCGAGACAUCAACAAGCAAAUGCACUGCUGCCAAAUAAUCGUCAAAUUGCGCUCGAUCAAGCAGAUCAAACCAUGUUGAUGAAGAUGAUGGCUAUGAACCACCCACAACACUACUUACAACACGAGCAACGAUUGAAUUCCGAUCUGGACCUGGCUUCAUCCAGUGGUGCCAGUAGUAGCAGCAACAGUAACACUUUCACGCAUCAUCAUCGGCAAUACAACACCGAAAACGAUGAUAAGACUAUUCAUUUGACACCGGCAGCAAACACCACCUAUCAUUAUGAUGCACUUGAGAACAGUGCUCAUAAUCACCUGAACAAUGCAAAUCACUUCACAACGCCUUAUGGUGAUGCUAAUUCGGCCUCCUCUUCAGUCCCUAUGUCGUUCACUGGUUACCGUGAUCAGCAAACGAACACUGCAGCUGCAGCAACAACAACAGCAGCAGCAGGUAUGAGCACACCAACUGGUGACGAGCUAGCUUAUGCAUCAUCUACGUUUGGUUACUCAGAUGGUCAAAGCCAAGCCACAGCUUCAUCGGUUGGUUCGGCAAGCAGCGAUGUUGCUCGCAGCAGUAAAUCCUCGUCAUGCUCUCGAACGCAUCUCACUACGCCAACUCCUCCUCCCCCAGAUGACUACUAUUCGUUAAGUAAUCGUACCGCAAACAGUACACCUGUUGCAACGUUGAACAAUCGUAAAAAUUACUCCACAUCAACCGAAUCGCAACAACACACUAAAACUCUUAAAAUGCCAUCACAAUAA